AAUCAAUUCUAAUGACAAUGUGGUGAGCAGUGAUGUGCUGUGAGUAAAUUAAUCAUGUGGAUUGUUGCUGUUUCAAUAUGUGGCGCGAUUACUCUCGUCGUCGUGCUAGCAUUGUGCUCUUGUUGGAAAAGACAAGAGCAAAAAGAUGAUUGGCUAGGGCUUGAUGGCAUGGUGAAGCAAAAGAAUCCCGACGAAAACGUGAAUCACAUUCCGUUGUCGUCCGCCGCCCCUGCCGUCGCCGUCAGCUUGCACGUCGCUGCCGAAUGCACCGCGAAUGUUACCUCCGAUGUCGAACAAACCACGCUCGAAGCUAGCAAACGACCGACCGUCCAAACAAACAACACAAGGAGAAGCUUGCCAGAUAUACCGUCUGAAGGACAUGCCUUACAAGGGCAGGUAUGGGAUGCGAAUGGGGAUAAUUCUUCGGAGUUGUAUGCCACUGUGGAGCCGUAUAAUAACAUCGGUGGUAAGCGGCAUACAUUACCGAACGGUUUGGAUGCCAGGGCGAGUAUUUCCCAGCACAGUUCAAUCAGUCAAGCGGAUGAUGCGUUCUCGCCGUAUGCUAGUGUGAAUUAUGAUAAACUACAGCAGGUUGAGCAUCCAUAUGCCAUCGUAAAACCACCAACGACAAACAACGAAGAAAACGCCGCGGAACCCACGGUGCGAACAUCAUUGUUGAGUGCGGAAGCCAGUACGAGUAAUGAACCUCAUGCACCGCCGAGAUCAAGAAGAACUUCCGAACAAAGCAUUCACAUCGACAUUAAUGCAGCUAGUGCGGUCGCGGGGGGCAUUGCAGCUAAUCAGGACUUGCCUUACAUGACUCCUCCAAUUAAUCCAUCCAAUCAGCAGGUUAAUUUUAGUGGAGAUUCACAAGAUUCUUCAAAGGGAUAUACUAGUAUUAGCGUUCGUGAGCCUCUGGCCAACAUAAUCGCACAAACAAAAGAUAUGAACAAAGUAAAGCGUGCUUUAGAUCCGCAUUAUUCGACUGUAUCAGAUGAUUCUGAUGAAAUGUACACCACGAUACCGGAUGCGUUGAAUCAAGAGUAUACAAGCGGAAGCGAAACCUACGCGCAGAUCCAGCCGGUAGCGUUGACGGUGGCGGCGGAAAUAUAUCCCGUCUCUUCUAAUCAGCAAUCAAGUCCAUCUGAAACACAACAGGUUAACAAUGUUGACGAUUCCGCACCACAGCCGCCAAGUGUUGAUAUUUUAAAGAAUAUGACUAACUCACAUUCCAGACAAGAUGGUGAAUUAUUCCCAGCAUCGUCAACGAGUUCAAUUCUGAACCUUGGAUCACCAAAACCUGAGAAACGACAAGCUAAUUCACCUUUGCCGCCUCCGCCUUCGACAACAUCUGCAAGCCAACUAACAUUAAGUCCAGACAAUGCCCGUCGUAAUUUGGAUGAUAUGUAUGCCAAAGUACAGAAGAAUCGUAAGAAGUCUUCCGAUGAUGUAAUUAAACGCAAAUCCACAUCAAGCAAUAGUUCCUCUGAAGAAAAACGCCCCGAAGAUACUAAACUCUUACGCGAACACAAUUACGAAACACUGAAAAAAUCACCAAAGAAAAACGCUGACGGUUACGAAGAAUUAAAAACAAAACCAAGUCAACUUUCCGAACCUGGUUAUGCGUCAAUUAAUGGUCCUGAUAGUUUAAACUAUGACGAUCCCAACUAUGAACAACUUAAGGAUAGAUCAACGACACCUGGAUACUCUACUAUUACAAGCAAAAGUAGCAGUGAAACAUCAGAAUUAGGAUAUUCGGUGAUAAAUAAACUGAAUAAGAAGAAGCUAAUUGACGAACCGAAUUAUGAAUCGAUGCCAGCGAGUGAAACUGAUCCCAAUUAUGAAUCAGUACAACAUAACGAUCCGAACUAUGAAAGUGUUAAAUAUUUGGAUGUUGAUAUAGGUUAUGAGCGAUUGCAACAAACUGACGAUGAUGAUUCCACUGCGACGACAACCACCACAAAUAAAACUGACAACAAAAAUGGAUAUGAGACGGUGGAUAGCGCGGCAAGUAGCAACAAGAGCAAGAGCCCACCAUAUGAAAAACUGAACGAUGACGAUGGGAAAACCGAUUCGGAAUCGUCUGGCUACGAACGUAUUGAUAAGUCCUCAUCGAUCGAAGAAAAGAGCAAAAACGAUGACUACGAGACAAUUAAAAACGAUCUAAAUGAUUGUCUAGGCGAUGAGAAUGCAAUAUUUGAGGUGUAGACGUCUGUCUGUGACAUUCUCAAACAAUUGCAGCUGCUUAAUGUGAUAUAUUUAUAUUUUAUACGUUAAAAACAAUCUUUUGAUAAUAGUCUACUGGAGCAAUGCGUAAUCUAACUUCAAAGAUAUUUUUGAUUAAUUUGUUAAGAUUAUUGAUAUAAGUCUGAAGUUGUACUUCAAGUUUAAGUAUUAUUACUUUGUUUACAAGAAGAAAUUGGAGUCAUGUAAGCGGUACAUGCGUUGUUUGCAUUUGUUUGUUAUGUUAUUGCUAUGCGAAAGAGUUUAAUAUUUUAAUUAUGAGGCAUAAAUUUAUAUUGUAAAAUGUUUGAUAUGAAGAUUGUACAUGAUAUUUGUAUUGAUUGAUUAUGCAAUGAAUUAAUAUAUAUUUUACAGAUUCCUAA